UGCUUUCCUGCUCUAUGGUUUUCUGACUCAAGCCGGUGAUUUCUGGCAUCUGACAAAGAGAUGACCCAAGAACAGUACGCUCAGAGAAACGAUGUCCAGACCUCUGAGAAACCACAUAUCUACAAAGUGGGGAUUUAUGGAUGGAGAAAGCGCUGCCUCUACUUCUUCCUUCUCCUGUUAAUGGUUCUAAUCCUGAUCAACCUCGCUCUCACCAUCUGGAUCCUCAAAGUCAUGAACUUCACCAUAGAUGGAAUGGGUCACCUCAGAAUUACACAGAAGGGGUUGGAACUGGAAGGGGACUCCGAAUUCCUGAAACCCCUCUACGCGAAAGAAAUCCAGUCCAGGCCUGGGAGUCCUUUGUUUCUCCAGUCUUCAAGAAACGUGUCCAUCAACAUCCUAGACGGUAGAAAUAUGGCAGUCACUCAGCUGGUGGCAGGAUCCAGCGGAGUUAAAGCCUGUAGCAAGCUGCUGGAGGUCAAAUCCAACAGUGGGAAGCUGCUGUUCUCUGCUGACGACCAGGAGGUUGUGGUGGGCGCUGACAGGUUGCGAGUUCCAGGUGCGGAGGGAGCUGUGUUUAGCAGGUCUGUGGAAACCCCCCAUGUCCGUGCAGAGCCCUUCAAGGAGCUGAGACUGGAGUCUCCCACGAGGUCCCUGAUCAUGGAGGCUCCUAAAGGUGUCCAUAUCGUGGCAGAGGCAGGGGACAUCCAGGCGACAUGCAGAAAUGAGAUGCGCUUAGAAUCCAAGGAUGGACAGAUAAUGCUUGAUGCCAGUAAAAUUAAGCUCCUGAGGUUGCCAAAGGGUCAGGCCUCGCCCACGGGUUCCAAACAGGCAGUGUUUGAAGUGUGCGUGUGUCCGAACGGAAAGCUUUUCCUCUCCCAGGCUGGUACUGGCUCCACUUGCCAGAUCAGCACCAGCGUCUGCCUAUAGAACACAGAUGGACAGACUGACUGACUGACUGAGAGAUGGCAGGCCACGUCCCUCCAUAAAGUUCCCUCACCACUGAAACUCUAAGAACAGAGGAGUGCAUCUGGAGAGCCAGGGAGAGAGAGAGAUGUGCAUCAUAACCGCUGUCUGCCCAGCAUAAUAGCUGUCGCUCUAGCAUAACAGCUGUCUGUUCAGUGUAAAAGCUGUCUGUCUACUGUACUGAAGCUUCAGCACCAGGGAGAGAACAGUGAUCACCUGAAAAAGACACAAGGAUCCCCCAUCUGUUUCUCAUACCCUCCGCCUUGGUCAACACACAGCAGGAGCAGUCAUCCCUCUGGACAGAAAGACCUGAGGAAAAGACAGUUUUGCUCCGAGGACGACAGACACUGAUGUCCUCUUUGACUGACUCAGAAGGGCCACGAUGGCCUCUAAUGUUCA